AACGAAGAUAUCAAUAUGCUGCCCAAUGUGACGCUGGAGCUGAAGUACCGCGACACGCAAGGCGACACUGUGAUGGCCACCAGGGUCAUGACCGAGAUGAUGUGCAAGGACGUCGCCGUCUUCAUCGGCCCCGAGGGGCCCUGCCACGUCGAGUCCAUCGUCUCGUACUCGCGCAACAUACCCAUGAUCAGCUACAAAUGUUCUGAGGAGGCGGCAUCCAAGGUACCCACCUUCGCUCGGACGGAACCACCAGAUACUCAGGUUACUAAGUCUGUGAUAGCAUUGCUGCUUUACUUCAGUUGGAGGAAGUUUGCCAUACUUGCUGAUCCCCAAUGGAAACGUGUGGCAGAGACACUGGAAGCGGAGGCGAAAGAGAACAACAUGACUAUCACACAUCAUAGCACUGUAUAUGAUCAACAAAUGUGCUGUGAUCAGAAACUAAGCUGUUGUUCAGCAGCGUAUUGGUAUAACACUGUUCAUGAAACUAGGAACAUAACGAGAAUUUACGUGUUCCUUGGCAAUCCUCUGUUGCUAGUUGAAUUCAUGAAAGCAAUGCAACUACAAAAUUUAUUCGAUGACGGUGACUACAUGGUCAUAACUGCAGACAUGAUGCCAUACUCUGUUGAACAAUCAUUUAAAUAUGUUUGGGGGUCUCUUGGAUUUGAUCAGCCAGACUGUAAUUUGGAUAGUAUUGAAAAGAGGCUAAGAUCAUUACUUGUAGUUGUGCUAACCCCACCAGCAGAUGCUUAUGAAAAUUUCACAAAAGAUGUGCGGACCAAUAAUACUAAAGAACCGUUUAACUUUCCUAUGCCAGAAGUGUUUUUCAACAAAAGUUUCAAAACAUAUGUGUCAAUAUAUGCAGCAUAUCUGUAUGAUGCUGUGAAGCUGUAUGCAACAGCACUAGAUGAACUGCUCGAUGAAAAAGCCAACUUGACAGUGGAGGCUAUUGAUGAAGUGGUGAAGAAUGGAACAUUGAUUAUUGAAAGGAUAAUAAAGAGGCAGAAGUAUACGAGCAUCACAGGAGCAAAUAUCAAUAUUGAUAAAAAUGGUGAUUCUGAGGGUAACUUUUCUGUUGUUGCACUACAACCCAGGCCAACAAAAUUAAGAGACUUAAAUUGCUCUCGCCAUAUGACGAAGGUGGGACACUUCCGUGCUGAUGCUGAUGGGCUGAAAUAUGUUGUUGAAAUUAGAAUUGAAUGGGCUGGUCCAAAUAAACCUGAGGAUGAGCCAAGUUGUGGCUUCAAGAAUGAACUUUGUCCAGAAGAUUCUAAGUUUGGCAGCAUUGUAACUGCCGGGGUUCUGGCUGGUGUCCUUUUCUUUACGGCAUUUUUUAUUCUGACUAUGUACAGAAAAUGGAAAAUAGAUCAGGAAAUUGAAGGCCUUUUGUGGAAGAUUGAGCCAUCAGAGCUCAAAGGUUUCCACACAAAUGAUAUUGUAUCUUCCCCGAGUAAGAUGAGUUUGGUCAGUGCAACAUCAUUUGAAUCAAAAUGUGGUCCUCAGUGGUUUGCAACUGUUGGACAGUAUCGUAAUUUGAGAGUGAGGGUCAAAGAGCUGAAAUUCUCAAAGAAGAAAGAUAUUAAUCGAGAUAUUAUGAAAGAAAUGAGAAUUCUAAGAGAUCUAAGACAUGAUAAUGUAAACUCAUUUAUAGGUGCCUGUAUUGAACCUAUGAGAAUACUGCUUAUCACAGACUACUGUGCAAAAGGAAGUCUAUAUGAUAUAGUUGAGAAUGAAGACAUAAAACUGGAUAUGAUGUUUAUAGCAUCACUUGUCUUUGACCUCAUCAAGGGAAUGAUUUAUCUUCACAAAUCAGCUUUGGGUUGUCAUGGAAAUCUGAAAUCAUCGAAUUGUGUGGUGACAAGUCGAUGGGUGCUACAGAUUACAGACUUUGGUUUGCAUGAGCUUAGACAGUGUGCAGAAGGUGAUAGUAUUGGAGAACAUCAGCAUUACAGAAGUUGUUUUUGGAAAGCACCAGAACUUCUGAGAGAUGAUAGUGCUAUUGGUGGUUCACAAAAAGGAGAUGUAUAUGCUUUUGCUAUUAUUCUUUAUGAAAUUAUCGGACGGAGGGGUCCUUAUGGAGGAUGCCCUUAUGAACCAAAAGAGAUAGUGGAACUUGUAAAACGUGUACCAUCUGAAGGAGAAACACCAUUUCGACCAGAUUUGGCUGUUCUUGAUGAGUCUGACAUUGACUGCACUGAUUAUAUAGUAAAAUGCAUUGAAGACUGUUGGGAAGAGAAUCCUGAACACAGACCUGACUUUCCAACUAUCAGAAACCGUUUGCGGAAAAUGAGAGAGGGCAUGCACAGUAAUAUUAUGGACCAGAUGAUGGAAAUAAUGGAAAAGCAUGCUAAUAAUUUAGAGUACUUAGUUAGUGAGAGAACACGACUCUUAUUUGAAGAAAAGCGUAAAACUGAAGACCUCUUACACAGGAUGCUGCCAGCACCAGUUGCUGAACGGUUAACCAAGGGGUUUGGUGUGGAACCAGAGUCUUUUGAUUUAGUAACCAUUUACUUCAGUGACAUUGUUGGUUUCACAGCUAUGUCAGCUGAAAGCACACCCUUGCAGGUGGUGAAUUUUCUAAAUGAUCUUUACACAUUGUUUGAUCGAAUCAUACGAGGAUAUGACGUCUAUAAAGUGGAGACUAUUGGUGAUGCAUACAUGGUGGUAUCAGGUCUUCCCCUACGAAAUGGUGAUCGCCAUGCGGGAGAGAUUGCAUCCAUGUCUCUAGAGCUUUUAGAAGCAGUGAAGCACCACGAGAUUGCUCAUCGACCAAAUGAUGUUCUUAAACUUAGAAUAGGUGUACAUACAGGUCCUGUCGUGGCAGGUGUUGUGGGACUCACUAUGCCACGUUACUGUCUAUUUGGUGACACAGUUAAUACGGCAUCACGUAUGGAGUCCAAUGGAGAACCUCUCAAAAUACACAUUAGUAUGCAAUGUCAUGAAGCUCUUGAGAAGCUAGGUGGAUACAUCAUUGAAGAAAGAGGCAUGGUUUACAUGAAAGGAAAAGGCGAAGUAAGAACCUUCUGGCUGGUAGGAGCAACAGAUAAAGCCAUUCAGAAACGAGAGGUUGAUCUUACUGAAUUACCACCACUUUUCUGUCGACCGAGGCGUAGCCCUAAGAUGAACACAGACUCUCGACAACCUUCAAUCUGUGGUGGUUUUGGACCAGGCAGCAGACGUCAGUCCAGCAUACCAAGAGAAAAUAGCUUAGAUGUUGAAAGUGCAUCUACUCUUCGUGCCUUUGCAGUAUGUAAUGCUGCUAAUAACUCUAGUCCUGUAGCAAAUCAUAGCCAGCGCAGUGGGUCAAAACGUGCAGAACUGUCCCCACUCUAUAUAAACGAUGUAAGUGAAUCUAGAACUACGUUGAGUGCAUCAGCUCUUGAAAGUCAGUCAGUACUCUCAGUGGAGGAUUGCAACGAAAACUGUGUUAACAAAACAUCAAUCAACCAAAGUCAGAGAGCAUUAUCUACUGUGGAGACUACUAGUGGUAAUAAGUUUCUAGAAGAUAAUAGUCGCAGUACAUUCCCUCAGACUCUUAGAGAGGCUAGAUCAUUAGACCCUCUGCCAGACUAUGACUCAACAAAUGUUGGGCAUCUACAACUGAACUUGCAAGUACCUAAGAGAAGCUCUCGAUCUCUUGAAAACUGUGUGGGUUGCAGUGGUAAAUUAGUUCCUGCCAUGCAGUUCUCCUCAGAGCGCUGCCAUGCUGUAAAUAACAAUUUCCCAAAUGGUGAUGCUAUUCUUCUUUCCCCACAGAGUAACAAUGUGUGUGGGGGUAGCAGCACUGAUGACAUUCAGACACCUCUUCUGCAAAAUUUUUCAGAUAUUGAUGAGACUAUUACUGUGAAACGUCAGCUGAGAAGAGGGAAAAGUGGGGCUGAACCGCUUCCUGAUUUCCAUCCUGAUAAACGAUGGCGCUCGUUGGAAGAAAUGCCAGGAAAUGAUACUAAUGUUAAUGGACAUAGUAAGAAAACACUAGCUCGUAAUUCUAUACGUAGUUGGCUUGCAGGAUUGUUCAAUGGAAAUGGUCUCCGAACAAGUGAUGCAUCAUUGAGAAAAGGCAUUCACAGUGGUUAUAGUGAUCUACAAUCAGAAAAAGAAAGCAUAGUAUGAUAAAUUGCCUUCUGCUAUUCAGUUUCAGUCUAAGCUGUCAACAUGUGUACAUAUAUAACUACCAAUAGGUAGUGUAGUAUCUUAACAUAUAUACCUCUUAAAUGUUGCUAAAAUGAAUACUGACUAUACAAAUGCUGGUAAUAAAAUACUGGCAUUGUUUUAUUUUUUAAUAAAUCAAACAAAAAAUAUAAUUUGUAAUUUAAAGUAAAGGUGCUCAGAGGCAGUUGUUGUAAGUGUGCCAACACCAUCUGCAGGUGAAUGUUUAGUUUAAAUAUAGUGUUAUUAAUUGCAAUAGAUUGUUGACCAUUACUUUCAGAUGCCUUUAAGCACAUAUUAUUUUAAACACGAAAACAAGCAACAAAUAUUAAUUAAACAGACAUAAUGUCUGCAUGGCUGUGAAAAUAAAUUUUAGUAUAAAACAUAAUUUUAAGGUGCCAAGUACAGUAGAUAAAUAAUUAUUUGACAUGUUGUACAUAAGAGAGAUUGUGUGAAAGAGAAUGAGUGAUUUAAAUGUUUUUUGAAUUGAUUAGAAUGUAAUACAAAUCACACAACACUUUUUUGUUUGUUUGUAAAAAAAGAACUGAAGACUAAAGGUUGAUAAACCUUGACAUUUUUAAGAAAUAUAACAAAUGUUUCCUCAGGUAUAAAGGCAUUUUUUUUACAAAAACGUUUCUUGUAUGUGAAGAACAGCUCCUUUCUGCUAUGUGUUGCAAUGGACAUACAAUUAGCAACAGAACCCGACCAGUUUGUCAAUUCACAGAAAAACAGAUGAAUCAAAUAGCACUUGCUGUGUCUGUUGAUUAACAUCUAGUUAAAUUUUGUUGGCAAUUUUCAAGGAACACUGUUUUAUCCAACAACAUUACAUACCUAGUUCUGUGCUUCAAGUGUCA